AUGGCGACUUACCGCGGCGUCGGCGGCGUCGACGAAGAAGAACACGGCGGCGGCGGCUCUGGUCUGGCCGGGGCGACGACUCCGGUGGCCCUCCUGCUCGACGGGGUGGACGGGGAGGGGCGGCGUGAUGCGGCGGUGGCGUCGAUGAGGUCGGCGGCGAACGAGAUCGAGGCGAGCGGCGGCUCGGGUUCGACGGCGGCGGCGGUGGAGGUUCUUGCGAGCCCCGCCGGUAAUGGCCAUGGUGAGGUAGACGGCGGCGUUCGGGCGAGCAUGGAGGAUAUGGACGGCUGCGCUCGUCCGGCCGCGGGGGAGUUGGACGGCGGCGCUGGUGCGGCUACAAUGGAGGUGGAAGGCGGCGCUGCGGCGUCCAUGGAGAUGAUGGACGGCGGCGCUAGGCCGGCCAUGGGGAAGGUGGGCGGCGGCAUGGCGGCGUAA